UUGAUUGGUGGCCCAUGCCGCCUUCUGCAUUUCGUAUAAAGAGUCUCUUCUCCACCUUCACAUGUACUUCCCUUCUCUUCUUCGUAUUGAGGAUUCAUUCACACACUCUCUCUCUCUUUGUGUCUCCCCUCCUCCCUAGGUUUUCACAACUUCGUGUUUUCUCGCAGACUCUUCUCUCGAUUCAAUUAGGAUUCAAGAAAGAGGUUUAGAAAGAAUGGUUUCUUCACUCCUAGCUUCGGCGCUGGCAUUCAGCGGGUUGGCAUCAGCUCACUACCGCGUUCUUGCGCCGGCAUGGCGAGCCAAUUCUCUGAGUACACCAGGGGCUUCGCAGUGGGUUUGGCCAUGCGCAAACGUCUCCGAACUCUCCGCCUCAAACACCACCGGCCGCACCGAGUGGCCGCUCACCGGAGGCUCCAUCAAAAUCAACGGAUCCCACGAAUACGCUCUUACCUACGUGAACCUGGGUCUCGGGACCAACGUCUCGGACUUCGAUAUCCCCCUCCUCCAUGACUUCAACCAAACCGGCGCCGGCGUGCUCUGCUUGAAAGACGCGGUCAGAGAUGCGAUGAAGAAAGGACUCGAGGCGAAUAAUGUCACCGAGGAUGAAUUGGAUGGGAUGAAGGGGAGUUUGCAGAUUGUGCAGAUCGCUCAUGGGGGUGGGGCUUUGUAUAACUGCGCCGAUCUUACAUUCUCCCGCUCCGCAAAACUCCUCGAGGAUAGCGAUUGCCAGAACGCGACAGGUGUUGGUGGAGAGUUUUUGCAUUCCUCGGCGAUCGCGAUGGAUCAUGAUCACGGUGCCGCGGGUAGCAAUGCUGCUAGUGCGUUGGGUGUGAGGGGCUUGGUUGCUGCGCUUGUUGCGGGUGGUGUUGGGUUCGUGUUGAUGUAAAAAAAGACUUUAGGGUGGGUGGUUAUGAGGGACUGGUUGUAAAAUGUUUAUAGUUUCUUGAUGAGUCAAAAAUGGAAUGAUUGAAUGAAUGCUAAAUGUUUGUGUGCUUUGGUGUUGACUACGCGGCGUUUUGGCAGUGUUUGUUGCAUUGGUGUAGGUGAUGUGUAAACGUGAGUCUGGGCCUAAGACGCAUUUUGCGCUUAUCGCGUCUUU